UCGUUCGCUUCGCAAUCAACAAGAGAAGUCUGAAUGUUAAUUUACCGGAUCGCAAGGCUGGAGUGACUAGGGAUUUGGAACUUUCCGUUUCGGAAUCCAGUGUAAAACUGGCGUCAAAGGUCGAAUCAGGAUAAGAAGCUCUGCGAUGUCAGGAACAAUUUUGGAAAAUCUCAGUGGCAAAAAGCUGAGUAUACUUGUAUCUUGCUUGCUGGUUUUGCAGUUUCUUUGCUUCCUGCUGGGUGGUCUAAUUGCUCCGGUCCCAGCCAGUGUGCAAACGAUUCUUGGAACUAUUUGCAAGGAUGUUCCCGGUUCGCAUAACGAUACCAAUAUCUGGUUGUAUUCUCGUGGUGAUGACCACUGUCAGAGUUUGGACCAUCUGGAUAUCAACAACCAUGACCUGAAGAUGGCGAAUCAGAUAGUGUUUGUGUUUCAAAUGCCUCUUCCUCGGGAAGGUCGUCAAUUGGACUAUUCUCGCUGGCAACAGAAUCUGAUAGGUGUCCUGCAAACAGACAUUGCUUAUGAUGCCAAUAUAUUACUCAAACCACACUCUAAAAUGACAAUCGAUGCACGUUUAGCCUAUCGGAACAAGGGAGAUCUCGAUCAAAACUGGAAGUAUCUUGCUUCGUCGUUAGAAACGCGAGACUUGGACUGUAUAGCGGACAAUGUGACUGAUGAGUAUUUGUACAAUUGUAACGCCAUUCCACUUUUUGAACUUGGUUCCCUUCAUCACGACUACUAUUUGUUGAACGUAAGACUGCCAGUCGAUAGCGAUAUGAAAAUGAAUCUUGAAAUCGGACACAUUCAGGAUGUACACCUGUCAGUUAUUUAUCAGAACGGAGGUUUCACUAAAGUUUGGGUGUCCCUAAAAACCGUCUUCCUUCCAUUCAUCGUCAUCAUCAUGGCUUGGUUUUGGCAGCGCGUUCACUUGCUUCAACGUAAACCGGCACUUUUGGAAUAUAUGUUACUGGCUUUGGGUAGUGCCCUAACGAUUCUUAAUCUGCCACUGGAAUAUCUAACACUGGUAUUCGAUAUGCCAUUUAUGCUGCUAGUAAGUGAUAUGCGACAAGGGAUAUUUUACGCAUGCUUACUCUCAUUCUGGUUGGUCUUCGCUGGUGAACAUAUGUUAAUUCAAGAAACUGGCGAAAAAUCUACACUUAAAUCGUAUUGGAAACAUUUAAGUGCUGUGGCUGUCGGAUGUGUGUCCUUGUUUCUGUUCGACAUUUGCGAACGUGGAGUACAGCUUCGAAAUCCAUUCUAUUCAAUUUGGGUUUCACGAUUUGGAUCUAAAGUGGCGCUUGGAUUCAUCAUCCUAGCAGGUAUUUCCGCUGGGCUGUAUUUCUUCUUUUUAUGCUUCAUGGUUUGGAAAGUCUUCUGCAAUAUCAAUAUCAAACGAACCUCUCUGCCAUCGAUGUCCUCCGCUCGUCGUUUGCAUUACGAAGGAAUAAUCUAUCGCUUCCAAUUCCUAAUGUUGGCUACAUUGUUGUGUGCUGCGCUGACCGUGAUCGGAUUUAUCAUUGGGCAAGUUUCCGAAGGUCGCUGGAAAUGGGACGAAAACAUUGACCUUGAAUAUACCUCUGCCUUCUUCACCGGCGUGUACGGAAUGUGGAACAUCUACAUCUUUGCUCUGAUCAUUUUGUACUCCCCUAGUCAUAAGAAAUGGCCGGCGAACGAAACUACUGAAAACAUCAUCAGCGAAGAGAUCGAGUUUAGUAAUCUUCCAUCCGACUCAAACCCAAGUGAAAUCUCCUCUUUAACGCAAUUCGCCCGAAAAGCAGCUCUAGACUGAACAAGUAUGGAUAUUCUAAUACAAAAUAUAUUGUAUCCCUUUCUGACAGCUUUACCCUUUUUCGUUCGUUUGUCAUAUUGUUCUGUUAAUGUAGUAUAAGCGACCAUGUUUCGCUUGCCAAUAGUAACAGUAUUAUGAUAACCUACAUAUACAGUAAAUAAGUUGUGUUCGAUGUCAGCUGAAUGUGAUUAACAGUAAAAAUGAUCAACGUAAACAUUUCAGUAUUAAUCGGUGUCAUAAUUAGAAUUUUACUGCUCGUACAUUUACAGGCAUUUGUAGACUUUACCAUUUUUAUGUGUAAUAACUUAUAAAACUACUUUAACCAGCACAUAAUAAAGCAAUCUUUUAUCAGAACUUC